CAUUCAUCUUCUCUCUCUCUCUAUCUCUCAAAAGAAAGAAAAAAGCAGGAAACUUUAUUGCAAAAACAGAGUCUUUCUUUUUGUUCCUGAGAAAAUUAAGAUGAUGUUGGAGAAGGACGACUUGGGUCUAAGCUUAGGCUUGAACUACCCUAAGAAACAGAUGAAUCUCAAUUCAAAUCCCUCUGUUUCUGUUACUCCUUCUUCUUCUUCUUUUGGAUUACUCCGUAGAUCUUCAUUGAACGAGAGUUUUACUUCUUCAGUUCCAAACUCAGAUUCAUCUCAAAAAGAAAAAAGAACUUUCAUCCGCGGAAUCGACGUGAACAGGCCACCGUCGACGGCGGAAUACGGCGAAGAAGACGCCGGAGUAUCGUCACCGAACAGCACAGUCUCAAGCUCAACAGGGAAAAGAAGCGAGAGAGAAGAAGACACAGAUCCACAAGGCUCAAGAGGAGGAAUCAGCGACGAUGAAGACGGUGACAACUCCAGGAAAAAACUCAGACUCUCCAAAGAUCAAUCUGCUAUUCUCGAAGAAACCUUCAAAGAUCACAGUACUCUCAAUCCGAAGCAGAAGCAAGCAUUGGCUAAGCAAUUAGGAUUGAGAGCUAGACAAGUGGAAGUUUGGUUUCAGAACAGACGAGCUCGAACAAAGCUGAAGCAGACGGAGGUUGACUGCGAGUUCUUACGGCGAUGCUGCGAGAAUCUAACGGAAGAGAACCGUAGGCUACAGAAAGAAGUAACGGAGUUAAGAGCACUUAAGCUGUCUCCUCAGUUCUACAUGCACAUGAGCCCACCAACCACAUUGACCAUGUGCCCUUCGUGCGAACACGUGUCGGCCCCUCCACCACAACAACCACCUCAGGCUGCAACGUCAGCGCAGCACCACCGAGGGUCGUUGCCGGUCAAUGCUUGGGCUCAGGGUACGAGGAUCUCUCACGGCUUGACUUUUGACGCUCUUCGUCCUCGGUCCUAAAAGUCUUUUUUUUUUUUACUUGCAACCAAAGGGUGUUUUGGUCGUUUUAUUAAGUUUCAGGGACCAAAAUGCAUGUAGUUGUUAACAUGUAUGUAUUUUUAGAAGAAGAAGAAAAAAUGAAAAACAGAUUAAUAUUUUUGUUGAUUAAAUCAAAAUGUUCAUGCUA